GAAGGGAAACAGGUUGGCCUUUCAUGCUCGCAAUUGAGGACGCCGAUGCCGUUCAGGCGCAAUCGAUGGGGCGGAGCAGCAGUCACGUUGCACAAGGGUAGGAUCGCCAACAGUACAACCACGAGGUCCUCUCCGGCAGCGCAUAACGUCCACCGCGUCGUGGAUUGAGUAUGAUUUCCCCUGCAAGUCACGCAGAUGUACCUAUAUUGUAAUAGGGCAGAUACAUAGCCAGCACGUACAGCAAGCGCAUACAGUCAGAUGCUACUUGAUCCCAAGGAAGGCGGCGCACCAUCACCCCAACCCGGUUUCUGCGAUGAUCCCUUACAUAUACCGAAUGUCGGCAACUUUAGCCACGCAAGGACAAUGUCCGGGAGCGACUCGGAGUGUUGGCUGGCGCAAGAUCUUUCUCACGUUUCUGACUAAUAAGCGUUGGACAGUCACCGCAAGGGUUGUGAUGUAUAUAAUAGUUAUCGGAACGCCUUCCGAAGUCUCUGGGCGGCUGCACGUACCGGUUGAAUCUCAUUUCGAUGACCCAUCGGAUUCCAAGGUUCUUGUCGCGCUGAUGACUAAUUACCUCCGGCCUCCAGAGCGUCGUUCUUACCUGCCACGCCUGCCUACCUCAGUAGGUACCGAACCUGUAUUAAGGUGGACUGUAUCUGCAGACGCCGGGGCCUUCUUCGUCACAUGCAUACGGGCAAAAAGCGGGACGAAGAAUGUCGUACAGCUUGUAUCAAAUAGGCAGGAGCGCUAUCGAAGUUCUUGCAGGGGCGUUGUCACAACUUGGCGCUUUGGUUGUUGCAAAUCCCAUCCCUUGCAGAAUCAUCGUCAGAAUGUGCUCGAUGCGGUGCAUCACAUCGGCAAAGCAGCACACCAUCGGUAGACUGCAGCCCUGCGCUGUACGAAUUCUGCUCGUGUAACAUACGUAUAGAUCAUCGGUCUUUCCGCGCGGUGUCACUGCAGUCAUCGCACGCAGGAGCAUGGCACAAAUGUUUGAGGUUGGCCGAGGUCGGACAUGCGAUGACGAAGUGUCCUUGUUCUUGCCAACAACUCUUCAGAGGGCUUGUGACCU